AUGGAACGGGAGAACCACUCCAGCUGCCCUGAUUUCCUCUUGAUGGGCUUUUCCACUGAGCCUGAGCAAGAAGCCCCCCUCUUGGUCAUCUUCCUCACCCUCUACUUGCUGAACCUGAUGGGCAACCUUCUGAUCAUCAUCCUGAUCCGCUUCGAUGCCCAGCUCUCCACCACCCCCAUGUACUUCUUCCUCAGCCAUCUCUCCACCGUGGACAUCUGCUUCACCUCCACCACCAUCCCCAAGAUGCUGAACAACCUCCGCGUGGGCCGCAAGAACAUCACCUUCGCCGGCUGCAUGGCCCAGAUGUACUUCUUCAUGGCCUUCGCCAUCACAGAGAACUUCCUCUUGGGUGCCAUGGCCCUGGACCGCUUCGUGGCCAUCUGCCAGCCGUUGCACUACUUCCUGCUGAUGAACUCGAACCGGUGCCACCUCAUGGUGUUUGUCGCGUGGUCCCUGGCCCACCUCCACUCCUUCAUGCACACGGUCCUGAUGUCCAGGCUCUCCUUCUGUGGCCAUCGCCUCAUCCCGCAUUUCUUCUGUGACUUCCAGCCCUUGGUGGUGAUGGCCUGCCCCCCGAAGCACCUCAGCGAGAUGCUGAGCUUCUUUGAAGGCGGCACCAUUAUUAUCGGCAACUUCAUCCUGAUCCUCAUCUCGUACGCGUUCAUCCUCCAGGCGGUGCUUCACGUGCCCUCCACGCAUGGCCGGAGCAAGGCCUUCCAGACGUGCGCUUCUCACCUGACUGUGGUGAUCCUCUUUUACAGCUCGGCGAUCGGGGUCUACUUCCGGCCCCUCUCCAGUUACUCGGGAGAGAAGGACAAGGUGGCCACAGUCUUCUACACGGUAGUGACGCCCAUGCUCAACCCGUUCAUCUACACCCUGAGGAACGAGGACAUGAAAGCCGCCUGCCGCAGAGCGCUGGAGAAACUGAGGGGAAGGCACAGGAUGUGA